AUCAGAAUAGAUCAAUUAACUAAAUGAAUGAGGCUAUCUUUGGGUGUUUGUUUGAAGAUAUAUGCCGCAUGCCGUCUGUAUGCCAAAAUAAUAGUUAUGGAUUCACUUAAAGGAUAGAUAUAUAAAUUAGAAAAAGAUGGAGCAACAAGCGGAACAAGUGUUGUCUCUACGUUUGUCCCGUGUUUUGGAGGACAUCGGGGUAAAUAGGUACAUGAUCGCCAGGCGGAGGAGGUUGUGGCUGAUGAGGGAGACAAGCAUGACAAUCGGUGCAACAUUAAGGGGUAAAAACUAUAAAUUCUAUCAGUUUGGCAGCCAGAGUGAGGGAACUACAACACUUGGUAUGCAAUCAGACAUUGAUACAUUGCUCUGCACUGAUUUUCCCGUCAUAUUGGACUGGGAUGAGUGGCAGCAGGGAAAGCAUCAACUCCUUGUUGUCAAGACAGAUCAGUUCCCACCCCAGCACUGUUGGCUUCAAUGGCUGAGACCUGACAUUCCAUUAGCCGAUACACAUGUCGAAUCCCCCAGUGAUGUGAUAGACAAUGAGGGUAGAGUGCUGUAUACAAACUCUCAGGUGGAACACCAAGACUUUAUCAGACAAUAUAGCUCAACAGGUGAAAUAGUGCAACAUGGUCCAUCUAGAAGCAAUGAUGAAAAUGAUCGUGUUAUUGCCCAUCACUGUUGCAGUCUCCCAAAUGAUUGUCAGUUCCUGUUCCACAGACCCCGGCCUGGACACUGGCCCAGACCUGACACACUGGCCAGGGCCAGACAAACUGGAGUGUUUCUGGUGCCACAGGGAUAUUCAGAGUGUCCUUCAAGACCGACCAGAUGUCGCUCUUCUGCACUCAAUGUCACCCCAAAUAACCUAUACUAUCCACAGUCAAACUGGGAAUGGAGGUUUUCUACAUCAAUGAUGGAAAGAUUACUGAUGUUUGACAUGAACACUGUGCAGUACAAGACAUAUGUAUUCAUUAAAAUAUUAAGAAAAACUUUCUUAAAGCCUGUUGUUGGAGACCGUCUCAGUACGUUUCACAUGAAGACUGCAAUGCUGUUCACAAUAGAGACAUAUCCACCAGAGAUAUGGAGGGAGGAAAACCUAGUACAGUGUGUGAUUUACUGUCUGACCACACUUCGCAGGUGGCUGAAGUUGAAACACUGCCCACACUACACUAUAGCUAGAGUGAAUCUUUUUACAGGGAAACUAUUCAAACAUGAACUCCCAAUAUUGUCUGCAAUGCUUUCCUCCUUAAUGGAAUCCAAUAUGCCCUACAUUCCACAGAUAGACAUGGAUUUACUUGGAGACAAGAUGCUGGGUAUAAGCAGAAGCCUUGUUUGUGAAAGUUACGAAAGGAAGAAAAACAAUCAACUGAUCCUAACAAAUCUGAAUAAUGAAUACAAUGAUUCAAUGGUAGCAAGGUAUCAGCAUGUCAUAAUUGACUUUUCUAUGUGCACUUGGGAUGAGAUCAAUGCACUCAUUAUAAAACAUCUUCACACUUUACAACAAAUAUCCCAAAAUGGGACAGACUUGGAACAAGAAUCAGCUACAGUGAUGAUGCCUCUGAUGUAUAGUUCAUUUGCUUCCCCCAUAGCCUCAAUGUGUAUUCACAUAGGCCAAUCAAUAACACAGGACAUUCUCCACCUAUACCACCUGUCCUUUGACUCUGACCUUCUGUCCAGUAGACUAAAGUUUGCCUCCAUGUUGUACUGCAAUGGGCAGUAUGAUGCAGCAGCAAACUGUCUGGUCUACUGUGAGAGACUGCUGGGGCCAGAAGUGUGGCAAUCAUGCAUAUGUUAUGGCAGAAUUUCCCCCAUACCCAGCAGUAAGUUCCUAGACAAGGCUGAACAGUCCUCUAAUAAAGACAUACUACAGAAGUUUACUGCCAUAUGUGUACAUUUCAUGCCUCAAGAAAUGUGCUGUGUACCAGAACACCUGGUGUAUGAAAUGUUCAGAACUGUAGGAGAUGAAGACAGGCAACAGAGACGCCCAGCAAGUUUUUAUGAGUGGAUGGACCUAGUCAUGAUUGACUGUAUCCCUUUCCUCUACUAUCUGCAGUACCUCACAUACAGGCAAUUGAACAUGCGUUAUAGGAAACAUGCAGCCCAAGAAAAGCUUCACCACUAUAUAUACCACUAUAUAUAUACGGAGAGUUACUGCCAUGGUCACAUAGACACAGCAUUAAACAUGCUGGGCAACUGCUAUGAACUUGAAAACAGAUUGGAUGUUGCAUGGAUAUGCUAUCUAACAUCAUUGGAAAUCUGCCCCAGAAACAAUGCAGCCAAUUGGCAUGUGGCCAGAAUAAUGCAUCAGCUAGUCAACAGCUAAAUAUUACCAUACUGAUGUUUAUGAAAAACUUACGGCGCAGGAGUGAUAUAACCCCAUGCAAUAGUUUGUAUUUAUAACUAGUGUAAUAACUAUGCAAAUUAGGUAACCGCAUCACAGAAAAAUGUAUUCCUACGUGCUGUCAAAAAAUGUAAACAAACAUCAGAAACGAUGUUUCAAAAGAGAAAUCAUGUCGGUGUGAGCAAACUCAAUUCCACGAAGAAACGAAUGGUGAAGAAGGCUGGGCUUAAUCCAAACAAACACUUCCCUGAUUACAGCGCCAGAAAUGAUAGCAAUGGUCAUGCGAACCAGAUUAUUUAUGCAGACAUCGGUACAAAAAACAUUGCAUCUGUAAACAACUAUGGCCACAUAAAUCCAAAUCAACACAAGGAAAUGUCAAGCAUUCUGUAAUCAAGUCAAAAUAUCCGUCUACUUCAUUGCAUUCAUCUAGGCAGUUCACCAGCAAAGCUCAAGUUCACACAUUGUCACAUUCACUGAUUCCACAUUAAAUCUCACUUUUUCUGGUGGAUUUUACAACAUUUAUGGUGCUCCAAUUCUCAGAGGUAAUGUCCUUGUGCACAUCCAUCAAAAUCCAUGCUGUAAUCGACCACUCAGCCUAUGAGUCAGCGUGUUUAUUUGGUAUCAAAUUAAUUACUCGUCAUUUAAAAGAUGAAAACUCUGCAGAGCCUCGUUUUAAUCAUUUUUAAAUGAACUCGUUUAAUAAAUAUGAUACAAAAUAAACACUCAUUUGAGAUCCUCUAUAUAACAUUGAAGCAUUCAAGUAUUGGUGAUUUCCUGACCCAUGUGAAUAUGCAACAUAUUAAAUUAAAAAAAUAACAGACUAACUUUGUUUUGAUCAUGAGUGCUCUGGGAAUAUGGACCUUCCCUUGAAUCAUCUUGAACAGUCGCUCCAAGUGCUGAAACAAGAGGCAUAAACAACUGUCUGAGCAUAAAGAGAAAAGAGAACUUCCUUGAAUCAAUUUUAAUACUACAAAUGUAAUCAAGAAUUAUAAACUGUACAAAAUAUUAUUAAGAAUGGUUUUUUUAACUGUUUAUGUAUAUUUUCUAGCUAUGAUGGAAAUAUUGUCAAUGAAUUUUCACUGUAAUACUUACAUCACAAUGAAUAUAUCAAUGAUAAUGAAUUGUAAUACAAUUUGUUGAUAAACUGUAUUACCAUAAAAACUGUAUUACCAUAAACGACUGUGUAUAGCACGCAUCCAUAAAAGCAGGCAAAUAAUACAUAAAGAACUGGAAAAAAGACCUAAAUUGUCUACACUAAAAUUAUCUUAUAUCAUAAAUUAAAAAAUCCAUAAUGUUUGCUUACAAUGCCAAUUUUAAUUAUAACAAGAGCUGUCACAGAGACAGCGUGCUCGACUAUUUUGCCGCUUUUCAGUGUAAGGAUUGGCGAAAUAGCAUGUAAUACAUUAAAGGAUUAUAGCUUGUAUAUAAUGAUAUUCUAAGUCCAAUAAUAAAGGGCCAUUAUUUGCAAAAUACAAAUAUCUAACUUGGUUAUUCAAGUUGGUUGGGUGGUUGAGAACCAUUGUAUAAAGUCUCUAGCAAUACAUCAAGUAGUUGCUGAGAUACUAACAUACGUCUGUUUACAUGCCAAACCUUAAUCAGAUUUUCUAUGUUGAAUAAUGAAGAGCAAUUAUUUGCAUUAAAUGCAAACUAGAGUUAUUUUACUUGGUUUUUGAAGUAGGUUGGGUGGUUGAAUAGCAUUGUAUAAAGUGUCAACGCAAUACAUGAAGUAGUUGCUGAGAUAUUAACCUAUGUGUGCUAACAUGCAAGACCUUAACCAGAAUUUCUAAGUCGCAUAAAAAAGGGGCAAAAAUUAUAUAAUAUGCAAGAUUAUAAGUAUCUUCCAUGGCCGAGAGUGUAAGAUUUCAUUCCGACCCGAGCGUAGGGUGUUUUGCUGAAACGAGGUUUACCUAUCUUACACCAGCGGCUAUGGUAGAUGCUUUUUCUCCCACCUGAUUUUUUGCUGGAACUCUUUUGUGGAACUCUUUUGUGAUUAGUGAAAAAAAUUGCGUACGGAUAUGCAAUAAUUCGUGGUUGUCAUGGAUAUUUGCGCAGUGAUUCACAGUAUGUAAAUGGUUUGAUCGGUCUUUAAAUAUGCAUGUUUAUUUAUUAUUUAAAUACAAUAUGGUCAAAAAUCAAAAACCAUAAUUAAGACACAGCCAUUUUUUCUCAGGAAUUCUCUAGGAAAAAAAUGAGUCCUAUACACAGUCAACCUGGUACAAUUCAGAAAAUAAAAUUUCCUGUUUUUGGGUUAUAGUGCCUUUCACAUGUACUUCUUUAUCUAAGCCUUUAUGAAC